UUUUCCUCUUCAUAAAAUAAACACAAACAACCCUUCUCUACUUCCUACUUAGAUCUCCCCCCUCUCUAUCUUCUGGUAGAAUUAGAUCCUCUCUUUCCAACAAUAUAACCUUUGAAAGAUUUUAUAACAUAACACGUCAGCUGUCAGUCACAACGUGGACCGAGACUCUCCUCUCUCUCUCUAUAUCUCACGUUGUAAAUAGAACGAGGUGAGGAGAGGAGAGGAGGUUAUUUAUUGCCCGGAUCCUGAGGGUCUGUCCGGGUACGUGAGAGAUACGCCAGAGAUUGAGAGAUUUUAGAGAGAGAAGGUGAAGGAAAUCCGGUGGCGCUGCAUUCAUUCAGAAUAUCGGAAGCAAAUCCGCCGCCGGACCCCAUCCGCCGUCCGAUCGAGAUCCGGAUCUUAACACAGGGUCAGAUUUCGUUCAUCGAAUCGUCUCCGCUCUCCGAAUCUUCCAAGGCCGCUCUCGGAUUCGGAGAUCCCGUCACAGCUGCUCGUAUAAGUAGCAAGGCGGUGGGGCGGCGUGGUGUGGACUGUACAGCGAGAGAGGAAGGGAGCGAGCGGCGUUUCGAAUUUUGUUAUAAUUAUUAUUUUCUAUAGAGAGAGGAGGAGGAGGAGAGGGGAUGGCAAUGGAGAGAGGAGGUAAGAGCGCCGGCGGAGAGCCGCACGUCCUUGCCGUCGACGAUAGCUCCGUCGACCGCGCCGUCAUCGCCAGUGUCCUCCGAAGUUCUAAAUACCGGGUUACGGCUGUAGAUAGCGGGAAGAGAGCUCUGGAACUCCUGGGCUUGGAGACGGAUGUGAAUAUGAUAAUCACGGAUUACUGGAUGCCGGAGAUGACAGGAUACGAGCUCCUCAAGAAAGUCAAGGAAUCGUCUGAGCUUAAGCAGAUCCCUGUCGUUAUUAUGUCUUCGGAGAAUGUUCCGAAUCGAAUUAGCAGGUGUUUGGAGGAGGGAGCAGAGGAUUUUUUGCUGAAACCCAUCCAGCCAUCGGAUGUGUCGCGCCUGUGCAGCAGGGUCCUGCGAUGAGGACCGUUGGAUCCGUGGUCUCCUCUGAUGAAUGGACCCCGUUGAGGGCAGGGUCUUCUUCGUUUGGUGAACUGGAUCUUUAAAAUGUUCGUUUAAAUCAAAGGCUCCUCCUAUUCUAAAAGGAUGUUGAAAUCUGAACGUUUUCAGCAUGGUAUGCUGAUAGCAUGAAAUUUUGGACGGUAUAGUGGAAUAUAUCAUUGUUCAGAAGAAUAUGAAAAACUGUCUUUGGACAUUCAUAAAUGUUCCACUUUUUGGUUGAUUCUUGGUGCAACCAAAUCUAUCCA